AACUGUGCAUAUCUUCACAAAGACGCAACACACAUGACAAUGACGGAUAGAUUUAUAGUAACGAAGACUGAAGAGAGUGAUGCUGCCCCCGACUAUCUCUUAGAAGAGUCCUGCACUGGCAAAUUAUUAAACGAUUUAAGUGAUAACGAAAAAUGUGGUGUUGAAACCGUAGAAGAAAACAACGAAAAACCAAAUAAAGAACCCAACUUAUAUUUAUACGAUGAUGACUUGGAAACAAGGCCGCAUAUAUCGACAUUUAUAUCUUCACUUGCCAAUUAUGAAAACACCAUACCUGCUGCCACCGAUCCAGAUGCUAAAGCGCCAGCGCCUUCGGCGCGCAUGGGUACCCUGAUUGGUGUUUUCUUACCCUGUAUUCAAAACAUUUUCGGCGUUAUUCUAUUCAUUCGUUUAACAUGGGUUGUCGGAACUGCUGGUGCAGUAUGUGGCUUUCUUAUUGUUCUGACUUGUUGUUGUGUGACCAUGUUAACGGCGAUUUCAAUGUCUGCUAUUGCAACAAAUGGCGUGGUGCCGGCGGGAGGCAGUUAUUUCAUGAUAUCAAGAUCACUUGGGCCCGAGUUUGGCGGUGCUGUGGGAAUGCUUUUUUAUACGGGUACUACCUUAGCGGCAGCCAUGUACAUAGUGGGCGCAGUUGAAAUUGUGCUGACGUACAUGGCUCCAUGGGCCUCGAUAUUUGGUGACUUCACAAAGGAUGCCGAUGCCAUGUACAAUAACUUUAGGGUAUAUGGCACGGGGCUGCUGUGUUUCAUGGGUUUAAUUGUCUUCCUGGGUGUAAGAUUUGUUAAUAAAUUCGCUGCCGUGGCCUUGGCCUGUGUUAUUUUCUCAAUAAUAGCCGUCUAUGUUGGCAUAUUCGAUAACAUAAAUGGCAAUGAAAAGCUUUACAUGUGCGUACUCGGAAAACGUUUACUCAAAGAUAUACACAUCGAUAAUUGCACAAAAGAAGACACAGUACUCUCCGAUUUAUUCUGUCCAGAUGGCAAAUGCGAUGAUUAUUAUCUAAAUAACAAUGUGACCAAGGUAAAAGGUAUUAAAGGCUUAUCCAGCGGUGUAUUCUACGACAAUAUCAUGCCCUCAUUUUUGGAACUGGGACAAUUCAUCGCGUAUGGCAAGAAUGCAACUGACAUUGACAAUAUGGCACCAUCAACAUACAAUCAAGUAAUGGCAGACAUCACCACCUCAUUCACUCUACUCAUUGGCAUCUUUUUCCCAUCUGUCACAGGUAUUAUGGCUGGCUCCAAUAGAUCAGGUGAUUUGGCUGAUGCCCAGAAGAGUAUACCAAUUGGAACAAUCUGCGCUAUUUUAACCACCAGCACAGUUUACCUAUCAUGUGUGUUGUUGUUUGCCGGUACCGUGGACAAUCUACUGCUUAGAGACAAAUUCGGUCAAUCUAUAGGUGGAAAACUGGUUGUAGCCAACAUUGCUUGGCCAAAUCAAUGGGUAAUUUUAAUUGGCUCAUUUUUAUCCACCCUUGGAGCUGGUCUACAAAGUUUAACGGGAGCGCCGCGUCUGCUGCAGGCCAUAGCCAGAGAUGAAAUUAUACCAUUUUUGGCCCCAUUCGCCAAAUCCUCUAAGCGAGGUGAACCCACUCGGGCAUUGCUUUUGACUCUCUGCAUUUGUCAGUGUGGUAUAUUGCUGGGUAACGUUGACUUGUUGGCGCCUUUAUUGUCCAUGUUUUUCCUUAUGUGUUACGGCUUCGUAAACUUGGCCUGUGCUGUGCAAACCCUUUUGAGGACACCAAAUUGGAGACCACGUUUUAAAUUUUAUCACUGGUCUUUAUCACUCAUUGGCCUUACGUUGUGCAUCUCCGUUAUGUUCAUGACAUCCUGGUACUUUGCCUUAAUUGCCAUGGGAAUGGCCGUUGUGAUUUACAAAUAUAUUGAAUAUCGAGGAGCCGAAAAGGAAUGGGGAGAUGGUAUUCGUGGUAUGGCACUCACUGCUGCCAGAUACUCGUUACUUCGUCUGGAUGAAGGACCUGCCCACACCAAAAACUGGCGUCCCCAGAUUCUGGUGCUCUCCAAACUCAAUGACAAUUUCAUGCCCAAAUAUCGUAAAAUGUUUGCCUUCGCCACCCAAUUGAAGGCCGGCAAGGGGUUGACCAUCUGUGUGUCUGUGAUACAAGGUGACCAUACGAAAAUCGGCAAUCGUGCUGUCGAGGCAAAACAAUCCUUGCGCAAACUCAUGGACGAUGAAAAGGUCAAAGGCUUUUGUGAUGUUUUGGUGGCCCGAGAAAUUGGUGAAGGUGUUAGUUCAGUUGUUCAAACCAUUGGCCUGGGUGGCAUGAAACCCAAUACCGUCAUUGUCGGUUGGCCCUACAGUUGGCGAAAGGAGGGUGUGCAAAGCUGGAAGAUUUUCAUUCAAACAGUACGCACAGUUGCUGCCUGUCACAUGGCUUUGUUGGUGCCUAAGGGUAUAAACUUUUUCCCCGAAUCGAAUCACAAGAUUGGAGGCAACAUCGACAUAUGGUGGAUCGUUCAUGAUGGUGGCCUUUUAAUGUUAUUGCCUUUCUUAUUGAAACAACAUCGCACAUGGAGAAAUUGUAAAUUACGCAUCUUCACUGUCGCCCAAAUGGAGGACAAUUCCAUACAAAUGAAAAAAGAUUUGAAAACGUUCCUCUAUCAUUUGAGAAUUGAGGCAGAAGUUGAAGUUGUUGAAAUGAUGAAUAGUGAUAUCUCAGCGUAUACCUAUGAACGAACAUUAAUGAUGGAGCAAAGGAAUCAAAUGUUGCGAGAAUUGCGAUUGAAUCGCACGGAAAAAACUAAAGUUAAAUCGACCACUGGGGAGGACAAAAUGCCUUUGGUACAAACAAUAAUCGAUCAUCAUCAUGAAAGUAUGAAAACCUCAUCCAAAGUGCGAUUCGCAGAUCCCACAGUAGAAGAAAAACAUGAAAAUGAAUCCAAGGACGACGAGAACAACAUCAGUAAAGCCUACGAGGCGAAUGAUGAUGACAGACAAAACGAUGACGAUGAAGAGGACUCAAACAACGAUAGCUACGUUGAAAAGAAACCCGAUGAAAUGAAUGUUCGUCGGAUGCAUACGGCUGUUAAACUUAACGAAGUUAUUGUAAAUAAAUCACAAGAUGCCCAAUUGGUUAUAAUGAAUUUACCUGGUCCACCCAAGGAAGUUAAUUCAGCACGUGAAAAUAAUUAUAUGGAAUUUAUGGAAGUUCUAACAGAAGGACUGGAAAAGGUGCUAAUGGUACGAGGAGGUGGGCGCGAAGUGAUAACUAUUUACUCUUAAGCAGUAAAACAAAAACAAACAAAAAUUUACAAAAACCAAAAAAAAAAAAAAUACAAAACACCACCCCAACAAAGAAACAAACAAAAACAAAACAAACAAAAAACACACACAAGAAACGGAAAACAAAGAUGAUAACAACAAUUUUGUAAUAUUUGAAACUUAGGCAACUUUUUGAAUCAAUUAAUAUUCAAGUAGUAAUUAUAGGUAAUAAAUAAAUGAAAUGAAAAAAAAAAACAAAAACAAAA